AAAAAGCAAUUUUCCCAUACCGGGAAUCGAACCCGGGCCUUCCGGGUGAGAGCCGGAUAUCCUAACCACUAGACAAUAUGGGACUGUCGAAAGGUGGUUGUUUCAUAAUCUAUUUAAACUUUUUGAAAGGUAUAAACGCAGGUGAUAGCACAUAAUCACAUUGAUAUGAUUGUGCAUUGAUGCGCAUGAGACUUGGUGAAAAGGCAAACGAAGCCAGAAAGCAAUUUUUUCCGGGCGAAUUUUUAAUAUGACGUCCAGAUCAACUUUGUAUCGGAAGCGCAGACGCUUUCUUGAGGAGAUUGAUAGACAGGUUCAGGAAGAACUCGAUGCAUUGGCGGCUUCCGGUUCUGUUUCAGAGGCGGCAUUAACCGACAUGAGCGUUGGGUAUGUCAGGAUUGGUGGCGCACAACCUAAAGCCGGAGCUCCUACCGAACUGCUUAGAAGUACACCGAAUGAGAAACCACCAGCGCAUAACGAUCAUGCACAUAGACACAUGGUGAAAACUGGACAAAUCCCCAAGAAAAAUAAUUUGGUUUCUACUGUGAAAGAGAAAAAGGACCCUUUGAAACAUUUGUCCAAACAACAUCAACGCGUUGUGAUAGAUGGGCAGGCUCUUGAAGAAGAUCUCCUGGAACAACAUCGACAAGAUGUGAAAAAUGAUCAAGAACCUCUCGAAGCAUAUUUGUCUGUACAAAAUCGACAAGCUGUACAAGAUGAGCAGGACCCUCUCGCAACCGAACAACACACUGUGAAAGAGGAAUUAGAUCCCCUUGAGGAACGCUUGCCUGAACAGCAUCAAUACACAAUUCAGGAUGAACCAGAUCCUCUCGACGCACAUUUGCCCGAAAAAAUGGUUAUAAAGACAGAGUGUGAUGAUGAUGACCAGGAAGCGACUAUAUCGUUUGACGCUAAAUUGCGUUGCUGGGCCAGAACACAUCAAAUACAGCCUGCAGCAUUCAAUGAAUUACUGGUAUUACUGCGACAAACUAAGAACGUUAAUAACUUUUAACUACGCAGACUAAUAAAGGCAUUUGGAAGCCAUUAAAGAAUAAACGUUUUAAAGUGUAACUUGGCAUUUUAACUCACCGAAAGAUCGAUUGUAGACGACAGUACUGCACACUUUGCGUUGUUACAUCGGGUUCUGUACACUUUGCGUUGUUACAUCAGGUUUAUUCAAACGCAAAAUUGACUAGUGUACUAAAAUAACUGAUCUAAUCACGCCCAAAAACGAUACGGCAAUUUAAAACCACCAAAAUUAA